AUUUUGGGCUAGAACUAAGGGCAAAAUGAGUUGGUGUUCCUGCGUCUGUUGGAUAUUUUCGAUAGUUCUGUCACACUGGUUGGUGCAAGCAAACAUUCGAUGUUUCGAGUGCACAAAUGUGGCAUCCCCAGGUGACUGUGCCCUUGUCGUUACAUGUUCUUCCCACGAGAUCUGCUACCUGGAAAGUGGAAUUGCGGACAACGGACGAACUGUAUAUAAUUCCGGAUGUCGGGAAAGGCAGAAAUGUCAGACCAAAAAGAGGUCAUCUUUCGACUUGCUGCUGCGAAACGUUGCGGUCACCACGUGCAUUGAAUGCUGCGAUCACGCGUUCUGUAACAACGCUGGGUGUGGGCACCAAGCGGUGGACAGAAACCAAAGAGGACCCUACUGUUACAACUGCGCCGUGGAGACAGAUCCGCUCUCUUGUCGUCACGUGGUUAUGUGUACACAAGGAGAGACGUGCAUGCUGAGAAACCAUUUAUACACGGUCGGAGUCUACAUGAGCCACUGUGCGACACCAAUGCAAUGUGAAAAGGUCGAAACUCUCGUCCAGACGAAAAACUGUCCUCGCUGCUGUACGGUGGACUUCUGCAAUGACGCCUGCGCCCAUACCCAUGCCUAACAUAUAGGAUCUUGCAUGAGUGGUCGUUUUGUAUUGAAUUUAUUAAACAAGUCAUCUAAAUAAAGAUAAAAACGAGGCUUGCCGAGUUUUUAUCUUUAUUUAGAUGACGAGUUUAAUGAAUUCAAUAUAAAAAUGACCACGAAUCUGAGAUUCUAUUUAUAACAUGACCAACAAAUUUUCUUUUUAUUUAAAUAUGCUCUUUUCACCGUUUAUUCACAUUGUAAAUUCGCUUGAAUAAUGACGUCAUUUCUUCAAAAAAAAAUGACGUCAUUUCACAGUUAUAUGACUAGUGUAAUAACACCCGUGUAAUAAACAACAUGAGCAUUACGUUAAUUCACUCCUGGAGCGUAGGUCAUGUUAUAAAUAUAGUUUUAUCUAUUUUGUCAAACCUGUGGCUUAUUACUGGACAUUAAAUGAUCUUGGGUUAAUGGCAA